CAGUCGACGGAGUCGUCUUUCCGAGGCUACACUGCAUGCCACAUCUCAGAGACGCAGCCAUGAAGUUGUGUUGGUUUCUUGUGUUGGGUGCCACCAUGUACCACUGUGGUUCAUGCGACAAGAGGGGAGUUUCUAAACAACUCUUCUUUGUCGACAUUGUGGCCCCUCCAGCUGACAUCAGGUCCACCAUGACGACGCUUAAUAACACCUUGUAUGGUGUCCAGGGUGUCACAGUUGAACAAGCCUUCAAGGUCGUUGGCGAACCACGGGUUGUAGCCAUUCUCAAGUUUCAAGCUCUGUGCGACUGGAGACCAUUGGAAGAAGCCCUGCUGGCAGCCAAUCUCAAGAUCAAUGUGAAGUCGGUAUAUGGAGAGAUGAAUCUGGCAGCCGAUCUGAAGAUCAACAAAGACCUUCUUGAACGGGCCCCAGAGCCUGCGAACAUUCACGGGGAGUUCAUUUACCUCGUGCAUCUCCGACUCACAAUGGGAGGGCAAACCGGUUCCUCGUACGGAGAGGAACUCCGCAAUCUCAUGGUGCACACUUUAAGACGUCGAGUUACUGGUGUACACUAUUUGAACUACAACGUGUUGGGUGAAUUCCCAAUCCAGAUGCUGUAUUUUGCUGUACAUCAUCCGAGAACUGUUGAGAUGACAACGUGGCGAUACAACAAUGGGCCACUCGAGAUGACGAACUCCGUAACCCGGAUUGAGCAUCUCCAGGAUUACAUCCAGAACAAUUACUGUAACUAAAUUAGCCAUGUCUGACCUUUGCCUCAGUAAAACCACAUGGUCGCCACCUUGUCUUAAACAAAGUGUGAAACAUUAAAUAAAUUAUUUGCAUCUGAAAAUACGAAAAA